AUGUCGAAGGUGGUGCGAAGCGUGAAGAAUGUCACCAAGGGCUAUUCGAGCGUCGAGAUCAAGGUGCGAAAUGCGACGAGCAACGACCCCUGGGGCCCCGUCGGCAGCGACAUGGCCGAGAUCUCCCAGUUGACCUUCAACAACAGUCAAGACUUUUACCAGAUCAUGGACAUGCUCGACAAGCGCCUGAACGACAAGGGCAAGAACUGGCGCCACGUCCUCAAGUCGCUCAAGGUCCUCGAUUACUGCCUGCACGAGGGCUCCGAACUCGUCGUUACCUGGGCGCGCAAGAACCUGUACAUCAUCAAGACCCUACGCGAAUUCCAAUACGUCGACGAGGAUGGCCGCGACGUUGGCCAGAACGUGCGCGUGUCCGCAAAGGAGCUCACCUCCUUGAUCCUUGACGAAGAGCGCCUGCGUGCCGAGCGCGCCGAUCGCAAAUCAUGGAAGUCCCGUGUCACCGGCUUGGACGAUUACGGCACGGGCGGCCAAGGCAACGAAGCCACUCGGCCGCGCCAGCCGCGUAAGCAGAGAAACGAUGAGGAGGAUCUAGAGUACAAGUUGGCCAUCGAAGCAAGUAAGAAUGAGAUGGAGGAGGAACGCAGGCGCCGCGAACGCCAGCGACGUACGGAUGAUGACGAGGACCUGCAAAAGGCGAUCCGGCUCAGCCAAGAGGAGGAAGAGCUGCGCCGCAGGGAGCUGGAGGAAACCAAUGCCAACAGCCUGUUUGACGACACACCCGCUCAGCCUACAGUCGCUCAACCGACCGGAUGGAAUCAGGGAUACCAACAGCAAGGCGCCGUGGAUUGGUUUGGGAACGCGAUCGAUCAGCAGCAGCCCCAGAAUACCGGUUUCUUGAACUCGGCCUACUCCCAGCCAACCGGAAUGCAACCGCAACAGACUGGAUUCCAGAAUGGAUUUGGAUACAACGGCUUCCAGCAGCAGCCCACUGGCUUCGACCAAGCGUUUGGCGGCCAGCAGCAGAACUACCUGCAACCUCAGCAGACUGCAUUCAACAUGGGCAACAACCCAUGGGGUCAGCAAACCAAUGGAUUUGGUCAGCAGCAGCAGCAGCAGCAGCAGCAACAGCCACUGGAACAGCAGAACACGCUCCAGCCGGGUAGCAACAACCCUUGGUCGUCGAAUUCGGGCGCGCACACCACGGACUCGAUUAAGCCUAUGCCUACUGGUUCCAACAAUCCUUUCGCGUCUUCCAUCACUCGUCCAGCGACUGCUCAGCCUGUGCGCUCGACAGCGCCCUCUCUCGGCGCGCUCCAGGAGCAACAGACCGCCCAAUUCAAUAACAACAGUUCCAAUUUCAACCCGAUCCGGGACUUCUCUGCUCCUCCGUCGCAGAGCUUCCAAGCUCAGACCCCGCAGCAGGAGCAGCCCAUGGACCCUCAUGCGGCGCGCCUCAAUGCACUGCUCGCCUCCGGAGAGGGCCAGGAUACGUUUGGAAAUGUCGGCAACCUUCGUAUUCCGGCCCAGCACACUGCUCCAGGGACCUUUGUCAACAGCGCAGGUCAGGGUGCGGCCCGUCUGACCCAGAACGCGACGGGCAACAACCCGUUCCUCAACUCUCAAUUCACCGGCAUGCCGCAGCAAACGGGCUUCGGAAACCAGAACCGGUUGAUGCCGGCUCAGACUGGCCCUGCUGGUGGAUUCGGCGGCAACCCGUUCGGCGCAAGUUUCCCCCAGCAACAACAGCAGCAGCAACAGGGCAGCCUGAUCGACUUGUGA